CAGGUCAUAGAGCCUGUAGAUUUUGUAAUGUAACCUUCCCUCUUUUGGUUGGCCUUGUCACCAAUAGUAUCUUAAUGUCUUAACAGACAUUAUUAGGGACAUAUGCUGUCUGGAAAACUUUGAGCAGAGCAAGUUUUAUUCCUACCACCAUCCAUGAGUCCUUCCUUUUCCCUGAAUAAGGUAAAUGCCUCCCGAGCAGUGGCCACUGUACCUGUUACACUGCAGUGUAAUGUAGACAAUCAGUGGUUGGUGAAAAAAGAGGCACAGCUCUAUUCUGCAGUAACCCAAUCUGAAUCCUCCUCCUUUACCGACCAGAAGGCAGCUCAUGCUCCAGCAGCUCAAUCGUCUGCAUCAGCACUUUUCUCUGUGUCUGUGUGUUUGCUGUAUGUCCUGUAGAAGGUUUGCUGUGCAUGCGCAUUCCAUGUGUCCUAGCAAAAGGCUAAAUAAUUGAUGAGCUUGAGAAGAAGUAAAAGUGCAGCCGGACAGGAGGACGGUGUGUGUGGGAGUGUGUAGAGAUGGAAGAGAGGAAUACGUCGAAGCAGCAGCCUGGCUACGACGGGCUCUGCAACUACGCCCAGAAAAUCACCUCCUGCUUCGGUUUAGAUGUGGCUCAUGCACAGGACACACACCACCACUCCGCAGAGAAGCCCCUGAUUCAGUGCUACAAGUGUGGGGAGCCAUGUAAGGGCGAGGUUCUGCGAGUUCAGAACAAGCACUUCCACCUCAAGUGCUUCACCUGUAAAGUGUGCGGCUGUGACCUGGCCCAGGGCGGCUUCUUCAUGAAGAAUGGAGAAUAUCUGUGCACACUGGAUUACCAACGUAUGCACGGCACACGUUGCAAUGGCUGUGGGGACUUCGUGGAAGGAGAGGUGGUCACUGCUCUGGGGAAGACCUAUCAUCCUGCCUGCUUUGUCUGCACCAUCUGCAAACGACCAUUCCCUGCUGGUGACAGAGUGACCUUUAACGGAAAGGACUGUCUGUGUCAGUACUGUGUGGAGCCUAUGUCUCCAGGACCUAAGGACAUCCUGGCCUCCAGCAACUGUGCAGGUUGUGGUCGGGACAUCAAGAAUGGACAGGCUCUGCUAGCACUGGACCGGCAGUGGCAUCUGGGCUGCUUCAAAUGUAAAGCCUGCAGCAAAGUACUUACUGGGGAAUACAUCAGCAAGGACGGUGCCCCCUACUGUGAGAAGGACUACCAGAUCCAUUUUGGAGUUCAGUGUGAAGCAUGUCAUCAAUUUAUUACAGGGAAAGUGCUUGAGGCAGGAGAUAAGCACUAUCACCCCAGCUGUGCAAGAUGCAGCAGGUGCAAUCAGAUGUUCACGGAAGGAGAGGAGAUGUAUCUGCAAGGAUCAACAGUUUGGCAUCCUGGCUGCAAGAACACUAUGAGAUCAGAAGAGAGACACAGGGAACGGCCUUCGCGGUCGUCGUCAGAGAGUAUUUGUUCCAGACCUGGUUCAAGCAUUCCUGGAUCACCAGGUCACACAAUCUAUGCAAAAGUAGACAAUGAGAUCCUUGAUUACAGAGACCUAGCUGCUAUUCCAAAAGUCAAAGCCAUUUAUGACAUUGAGCGCCCUGACCUUAUUACCUAUGAACCUAUGUACUCCACCUCCCUGGACGAUGAGGAGAGACAAGAGAGUGUUGGAGAGCUCCACACUGCCAGAAGGGAGCGCUCUCCUCUGCCUGAUGACAGGACCUCAAGAAAUCUGUCACCAACUCCACCCUCAGAGGGCUCUUACGACAGGAGGGAGCGUAUCCUCCAGAGGUCGACCAGUCAGGGCUCUAUAGGUUCACCUGUUUAUAAUCGCCAUUCUUACACUCCAACCUUGUCACGGUCACCGCAACAUUUUCACAGGCCGGAGGCUCUGACAGGCAUGCAGAAGCUCUGCUCCUCCCUGUGCAGUAACAGUGUGGGCUCCAGAAAUAAUGAUUCCCGCCCUACCUCCCCUUUCAGACACCACUUCCUCCCCCAUAGCCAAGGCACUGACCCACCAAGCGGCCGGGGCUCCCCUCUCCCGCUCAGGCCUGACAGCCGGCCGAUCACACCGCCUAUCUCUCUGACCCCUAAACAUUUCCACCUCCCAGACCAGGGGAGCAACAUCUACAGAAAACCACCCAUCUACAAACAACAUGAUUCAGUUCCCAUGAUUACCAACCUAGAUACAGCUGCUGUAGCUCACCAAAGCAAAUCGGCUGAUGAGAUCAUCAGAUCGGCCACCUUCCCUGCAGCCCAUGCUCCUUCCCCAGACGACAGCCCGCGGAGUGAGGGCGAUCAUUGGCCCUACUCUCUGACUGUAUUAGCACCUGCAGGCUCAGAAGGACGGAGACGAUCCAGAGAGGAAGAGGAAGAAGAGGCCUUGAAAAAAAAGCAUCUUCAGGAAGAACAUCUUGCCAAGAUUCAGUCUGGUUUAGGAAAACUCAUUCUUAAGGAGGAGAAGGAAAAGGAACAGAUCAGAGAACGUCACGCACGCAGUCUCUCCGCUCAGCGUUAUGACUCCAAACAGACCAACUGUGACGCAGACCCAACUUCACCAACAAAGACCAACUCUUUGCCCAGCUACAGAAGGAAUGGUCUUCAUCGGCCUCAGUCGACAGAUUUCACCCAGUACAACAGCUAUAGUGACAUGUAUGGCAGAGGCAAAGAGUUUCAGCACAUUAAGGAUGGCCGCGCAGCACUUACAAGGAUGGACAGGGGAGUAUCUAUGCCAAAUAUGUUGGAACCAAAAGUGUAUCCCUAUGAAAUGCUCAUGAUAACCAGUAGAGGGAGAACUAAACUGCCCAGGGAUGUGGACAGAACCAGACUUGAGCGCCACUUAGCACCUGAAACGUUCUAUGACAUCUUUGGAAUGGAGAUCCAGGAGUUUGACAGGCUUCCCCUGUGGAAACGCAACGACAUGAAAAAGAAGGCCAAGCUCUUCUAGCAGUCAGAGCAGCAUGCCUAUACUGUACAUUUAUUCAGAUAGCACACGGCAACUGUUAUCUAGAUGUAGAUUUUGGUUUAUCUUGCUUUUUCUUAUGUUUUCUUUUCUUUUUCUUUUUUUUUGGUUUUCUCCUUUUAAAAAAAGCCAUGAAACGGACUUUUCUCUGACACUUUGUGUGACUGUGAGCUGAGUAGUUUGUUUGUCCAGUUGGACUUGCACAGGAAACACAGACUGGAAAUCUCUUUCAUGAUCCAAAAUGACAAGAAUCAGAACGAUUGAGUACUAGAGACAUGUUACACGGAUUGACUGCUGUUGUUUUGAUUCCGGCUUUGCUUUGAGUGGAACUGCUUUCCUUUCCUGCUUGUUUUUAUUCCUACUCUAUGUUGAUGUUGACUCCUGUGGAACUUUGUAAGUACAGUGGAACCUCAUGGCGCCAUUACAAAAUGUCCAUGCUCAUAGCUUGAAUGUGUGCUAGCUUUGCUUGGGCUAAAAUUGGUUUAGUCCAAAGUUUUGCAAGAAUCGGCUCAGUGAGUCUUUAAAUGGAUUUUAAAAAGAAUUCUGGGUAAGCCAUCUGCUGACCCACUAACUGUUUUUUGUCCAAAACAAAUCCAGUCGCCUAGACAUCACUAUUCCCUUGACCUUAGCUACUUUACUCUUCAAUCAAAAUAAACUUAAUUUAUUCUCAGCCUCUUAUCAGCAACCAGGCAGAGACUUUCCAUUUUCAUGUAUUCGGAAUUCCUUUAUUAUGAUAUUUUAUUUCCGUACCCCACCUACUGCUAACCACAAAUAGAGAGAAAAAAACACACAUAUAAGAAGAAACUGUAUUUGAAAGUACUGUUUUAUAAGUGAAAACCCCUCACUGCCAUUUGUUGUAUUUAAAUCUAUGCCAAUAAAGCUUUAAAUCACCUCAAAAA